AUGCUGGCCCUACGAACAACAGCUGGCGCUGUGGCCAGAAGGGCACUCACAGCUGCCAGCCGUCUUCCUACGACCUCUGUCCGUACAUUGCCAAAAGCUGCUGCUUCUCUGGCAUUGAUCUCCAGGCGGGAUUAUUCUGCCCCUGGUUCGGACAACUUUUCGACUCGUUCCACGGUCGUACAACUACUUAGCAAUAUCGGGUCAAAGAGGGAAGUACAACAGUACCUUUCCCACUUUACGUCCGUUUCCUCGCAGCAAUUCGCCGUUAUUAAAGUCGGCGGAGCUAUCAUCACGGAGCAUCUCGAAUCGCUCACCUCUGCCCUCGCAUUCCUCAACCAUGUUGGCCUAUUCCCCGUCGUUGUACACGGUGCUGGACCACAACUGAACAAGCUCUUGGAGGACGCGGGCGUGGAACCUCAGUUCGAAGAAGGGAUCCGGAUUACUGAUGGCAAGACAUUGGCAGUUGCGCGGAAGCUCUUCUUAGAGGAGAACCUGAAAUUGGUUGAGAAAUUGGAAGAAUUAGGAGUUCGCGCUCGCCCAAUUACUUCCGGGGUUUUUGGUGCGGAAUACUUGGACAAGGACAAAUACGAUCUGGUUGGCAGAAUCAACAAGGUCAACAAGGAUCCUAUCGAAGCUGCGAUUAAUGCAGGAUGUCUCCCUAUUUUGACGUCUAUGGCUGAGACCCCAGAGGGCCAGGUACUAAAUGUCAACGCCGAUGUAGCUGCCGGAGAGCUUGCCCGUGCCCUUCAACCAUUGAAGAUUGUGUACCUGUCUGAGAAGGGUGGACUUUUCAAUGCCGACACAAACGAGAAGAUCUCCGCCAUUAAUUUGGAUGAAGAAUACGACUACUUAAUGUCACAAUGGUGGUGUCGAUAUGGUACAAGGUUAAAGAUCAAGGAGAUCAAGGACUUGCUUGAGGGUCUUCCAAGAACUACUAGUGUAGCUAUUAUCCACCCAGCGGAUCUCCAGAAGGAAUUGUUCACCGAUAGCGGUGCUGGAACUCUCAUCCGACGAGGAAACAAGUUGGCUACUGCUACCAACGUUUCACAAUUCGAGGACCUUCAAAAACUUAAGGAUGUGUUGGUCAGGGAUCGUGAGGGUCUUGAUGCAAAAGCUACAGUUGACAGGUAUGUUGAUGGCUUGAAAUCGAGGGAGUUCAAGGCGUACUUUGACGAGCCUAUGGAUGCUCUUGCUAUUGUUCUACCUCCAUCCUCAACUUCACCUCUCGCCAACCUAGCUACAUUCACCAUCACAAAGUCCGGUUGGUUGACGAAUGUUGCGGAUAACGUGUUUGCUUCCAUCCAGAAAGAUCACCCAAAGCUUGUCUGGACUGUCAAGGAAGACGAUGAGAACCUGACUUGGUUCUUCGACAAAGCUGAAGGCAGCCUGUCCAAGGAGGGUGAGGUCAUGUUCUGGUACGGACUUGAGAACGGCGAUGAGGUCAAGCAGCUUAUGACCGAGUUCACUAAGCACGGCCGCUCAAUGCUCGGUGAUGAAAAUUUGGAGGCACGCCUUCACCGGGCUGCUAGGCAAGCGUCUAGAGGUUUGAGUGCUUCGACAAACUCUACGCCACAACGACAGCAAGCAAGAGCUUUCUCAACUAAUGCUCGCCGCCCCGUUGCAAAGACGUCUCGCACCUCAAGACCAAUCGUCUCUUCGUCACGUGGCUAUGCUACUACCACUAACCCCAACCCUCCUUUUGGCACCAAGAACUCCUCCAACACGCAGCCGGCAAAGGUUGCCUUGAUCGGUGCUAGAGGUUACACCGGACAAGCUCUUAUCAGUCUUCUUAACUCCCACCCUCACAUGGACCUCCGUCAUGUAUCAUCUCGUGAGCUCGCUGGUCAAAAGCUCAAAGGUUACGAAAAGCGUGACAUUACUUACGAGAACCUCACCGCCGAAGAUGUACGCCGCAUGGAGGAAAAGGGCGAGAUAGACUGCUGGGUAAUGGCCCUCCCCAAUGGCGUCUGCAAGCCCUUCGUCGACGCCGUCAAUGAAGGCAAAGGUCCCCAAAACAGCGUCAUUGUUGACCUGUCCGCCGACUACCGCUUCGACAAGAACUGGACCUACGGCCUUCCUGAACUAGUCAACCGUUCCGACAUAGCAAAAGCAACGCGCAUCGCCAACCCAGGUUGCUACGCUACCGCAGCCCAAGUCGGCAUCGCACCCCUCGUCCCCUUCCUAGGCGGCCAGCCCACCAUCUUCGGUGUUUCAGGCUAUUCGGGUGCAGGAACCAAGCCCUCCCCUAAAAAUGACGUUGAAAAUCUAACCAACAACAUCAUCCCUUACAGUCUCACAGACCACAUCCACGAGCGUGAAAUCAGCAACCAGCUAGGCGUCGAAGUAGCUUUUGUCCCGCACGUAGCAGUCUGGUUCCAGGGUAUCCACCACACGAUCAGUAUCCCGCUCAAGCAGAGCAUGACGAGUAGAGAUAUUCGUCAACUUUACCAAGAACGUUAUGCGGGCGAGAAACUGAUUAAGGUCUCGGGUGAGCCGCCGAGUGUCAAGGCCAUUAGCGGGAAGCAUGGCGUAGAGGUUGGUGGGUUUGGAGUUCAUAGCAGUGGGAAGCGGGUGGUUGUUUGUGCAACUAUUGAUAAUCUGUUGAAGGGUGCUGCGACACAGUGUUUGCAAAACAUGAACCUCUCCCUCGGAUUCGCAGAAUAUGAAGGGAUUCCGCUCGAUUAG